AUGAUUACUAUGAUAAAUAUUCAAACUAUUUACAGAAGCUCCUGUUGAACCAUGUUUACAAACAACUAUUUAUAAAAAAGCAAUACUAUUUACAAAAAAGGGUUAGGGUAAGCAACUAUUUAUAAAAAAGCAAUACAGAACUCUAGGGCAUCAGGAGCCUAACCAUUUUGAAAAAAACAAAAAGGUUCCUUUGUGAAAGGGACAUCCUCUUCAUCUGUUUCCUGGGCCCUAAAAAGCAGAGCAAGAAUAGGAACAGUGGUGAAUAAGGGGAGAGAAUACAGUUGGGAGCAGACUGAAUAGAGGACAUAGCAAUAUUCAUGUUAAAAUGUUUGCACAACAAAUAUUAUGGCACUUUCGUUUAUAUUGCAUUUUAAUAGAUCAGUUGUCAUACCAUGGUUGGAUGUGCAGCAUUUGGAUGCUCUAAUCAAUACGAGAAUGGGUUCCGGGUGUAUGGCUUCCCUAAGGACGUAGAGCCAAGGAAGAGAUGGAUGGCAAUGGUCAACAGACAAAACCUGUGUCUGACAGAGGACAACAACAGCAGAAAACUCUGUCAUGUACACUUUGAAGACGACCAAUAUAUUGGCAACAAAUCAGGAGGAAAUUUGAGGUUGAGGCCAGAUGCUGUUCCAACAAUAUUUAUACAUCGGCCUAAGCCGAAAAGGAGGAAAUCCACGUCAAGGAGUAUGCCUCCAGCUGUCAGGAAUGAUGACCACAGCUAUUAUGGCACAUCAAACAUUGAGAUUCAGGGAGAUAUUGAGGUGGAGUUCCAAGGGAAUGAAAGGGACAUAACAGACAGAGUGAGACAGAUGAUGUAUGAUAAGGCCAUCAGCUUCCUCCGGGACUCCAUCCAUCUGUUUCGGGGCCUGAAGAUCGGUCCCAAGGGCAGCUGGAAACCAGUCCAGACAGGACUGGUGAUGGCCACAACAACAAUCCUGGAGGUCCAGCAUGACCUGUUGAGACAAGGGCACAAAUUUGUUCUCACAAGCCGCUUCACUCAAGACUGCCUGGAAAACACAUUUUCGUCCAUUCGUCUGAGGAACUCUGUCCCAACACCUGUAGAGUUCCAAUAUGCACUGCGCGCUGUCACCGUGGGCCAGUUCCUAUCGCCAGUGCAUACUGGCAGUUACGUGGAGGAUGGAUCAGGCCACUUGGCAGACUUCCUGGACAUGCAGAACAGCAGCUGCAGUCCUCCUGACGUUCUGAGAGUGGAGCAGCUGGUAGACCUGACAACACCACCUGACAUCACUAAAACCGAGUCCUGUGUGCUAUACCACCUUGCAGGAUACAUCGUGAAAAGGGUCAUCAGCUUCUCACUUUGUGACAAAUGCCAGUGUGCCCUAGUGAAAAAUGUCAGUGAUGGUGAAAAUGAGAGAGCUGGUCUGCUGGUAUUAAAAUAAUUUAAAAGGGGUGCACUUUACCGUCCAUCUGAUGAGGUUUUCUCCCUUGAUCAGAACGUGGAGCAGCUGUUCUGUGUGAGGACGAGCGAUUCCCUCAUGGAGGCCUCAAAUGCAGUGUCACAGCUGGAACAAGAAGCCAUGUUGCUGGACAGCAACCUUCCCUCAUGCCAUGACCUGAAGAAAAAAAAUCCUCUCAACAUACAUCAGGCUGAGGUUAAGGAUUGCAUCAAAGUGCAUCAGGGCUGAGAGGAAGGAUAAACAUAAAGGGUAUCUUGGCAGCAAGAGUCAGAGUAAGAAGGCAAAGAAGACCCAACAGACCUCUGCCCCGAAGGUCAUAACAUCUAGGCCACUGCCAAACACCUUACUCGUUGCCAUCGAUGUACUUGGCAUCUCCAUUCCCGGUCCACCGUCAGCAGCCUCCAGCCUCCUCUUCUUUCAGCAGUCAUCACCUGCAGCCGUUGCCAGCAGCACCCUCCUCCAGCAGCAGCACCCUCCUUCAGCAGCAGCACCCUCCUCCAGCAGCAGCACCCUCCUCCAGCAGCAGCACCCUCCUCCAGCAG